AUGAGUCCCCCCCAGAGAUGCGCUGCUGUUGUCGUAGGAGCCGGCCCUGCUGGCUUGGCUGUGAUGGGAAAUCUCCUUGAGAAGCAGUUAGGAGGCAAAAUUGCCUGGGUCGAUCCGUAUUUCCAGGGAGGUCGCGUUAACCGCAAAUACCGUGAGGUCCCUAGUAAUACCAAAGUGUCGCUGUUCCAGGCAUAUGCCACUGCAGUUCAGCCCUUCCGCUCCGUCAUCAACAGCACCCGCAUCCCCAGCGCUUUCUCCACUCUAGCCAAACUCGACCAAGAGAAAACCUGUCAUCUGCAUCAUGCAGCAGAUAUGCUCAAGGGUCUUUCGGACGGUAUCGUCAAGAUGGAUCAAGUCUAUCCCUGUCAGGGAUUUGUCACUGCUGCCAAUCUGGUGGAAAAUACCUCGUCCUGGACAGUUCGGAUCAUGCGUCAGGAUUCUCGCGAUGAAAUAGAGGUGGUCACCCCCAGACUCAUUCUGUGCACUGGUUCAUCGCCAACGGAGGUCUCCAUUCCUGUCGCUGGACACGACAUUCAACGGCUGGACCUAGAUGUAGUGUUGAAGCCCAGCGAUCUUGCCUCGUACCUGCCCCGCAACGUUCCCCAUACCGUUGCCGUUGUGGGAGCCUCUCAUAGUGCCAUUUUGGCUCUCCUCAACCUGGUAGAUUUAGCGCGCUCUUCCCAUCCCCAUCUGCGCGUCAAGUGGUUCACACGGCAUCCUCUUCGGUAUGCCGAGUAUAUGGACGGUUGGAUCCUCCGGGACAAUACCGGCCUCAAGGGUCUGGCGGCCGAUUUCGCGCGUCAGCAAUUGGAGGACGAAAUGCUUCCCCAGUCCGAGGCGGGCCAGUUUGUCACCAAGGUGGAUUGCGGAAGAGACCAGGAGGCAGCACAGUAUGAACGGCAUUUGCCGUCAUGCUCACACCUCGUGCAGGCCAUCGGGUUCACCCGUGACCCCCUCCCAGAGCUGUCCGUAAACGGGCACGCCCUGGUGCCAGAAUAUGACUCGGAAACAGGCAACUUCCAUGACCAUCAGGGACGAGUCAUCUCGGGCUUGCAUGGCGCGGGCAUCGCUUUUCCUGAACAAGUGACCGACCCCCAUGGCAAUGUUGAGCAUGCCGUUGGGUUUUGGAAGUUUAUGAGAUUUAUCAAGCGUGCAUGCCCCCAGUGGACCGCAUAG